AGAAACCGUUUAAAUUCAACAAGCGCGCCGACCUUCGUCCAGUGCGCGCGCGCGCUGCCCACGUGCCUGGUCCGUGUCUCGAGCUCCGUCCGCACCGUCGCCCCUCCGCGCGCGAGCGAGCGAACCGAAAGGCGUCAUCAUGGCUGAACUCAAGUACCUGAGUGGAUUUGGCAAUGAGUUUGCCACCGAAGACCCCCGCUGCCCGGGUGCUUUACCAGAAGGACAGAACAACCCACAGGUUUGUCCUUACGGGCUGUAUGCUGAGCAGCUUUCUGGCUCCGCCUUCACCUGUCCUCGAACAACCAACAAGCGCAGCUGGCUGUACCGCAUUCGGCCCUCCGUGUGCCACAAACCCUUCGCUGCAAUGCAGCACGAGGCCCUGAUGGACAAGUGGGAUGACGUGGCACCUGAUCCCAACCAGCUCCGAUGGCUUCCAUUUACUAUUCCCAAAGCUGCAGAUGGGAAGGUGGACUUUGUGAUGGGACUGCACACGGUGUGCGGUGCAGGCGACACUAGAGCCCGCAGUGGAAUUGCCAUCCAUGUGUACACAUGCAACUAUUCUAUGACUGACAAGUGCUUCUACAACUCGGAUGGAGACUUCCUCAUUGUCCCACAGCAGGGGAAAAUCCUGGUCACUACAGAAUUUGGCAAGAUGAUGGUGGAACCUAACGAGAUCUGUGUUGUUCAGCAAGGAAUGCGCUUCGGUGUGGAUGUGUUCGGGGAGACCAGGGGAUAUGUUCUCGAGGUGUACGGUGUGCAUUUUGAGCUUCCGGACCUGGGCCCCAUUGGAGCCAACGGUCUGGCCAAUCCGAGGGAUUUCCUGGUUCCUGUUGCGUGGUACGAGGAUCGCUCAGUUCCCGGGGGUUACGCAGUUAUCAACAAGUACCAGGGGAAGCUCUUCUCCUCGCAGCAGAACUUCUCCCCUUUCAAUGUGGUGGCUUGGCAUGGGAACUACACCCCCUACAAGUACAACCUGGACAACUUCAUGGUGGUGAACUGCGUGGCCUUCGACCAUGCGGAUCCUUCCAUCUUUACUGUGCUGACGGCGAAGUCCGCACGGCCUGGGGUAGCUGUUGCUGACUUUGUCAUUUUUCCUCCCCGGUGGGGAGUGGCAGACCACACCUUCAGACCUCCGUAUUACCACAGGAACUGCAUGAGUGAGUUCAUGGGGCUCAUCAAGGGCCACUAUGAGGCCAAGGAGGAGGGCUUCCUGCCUGGAGGGGCCACUCUGCACAGCAUCAUGACUCCACACGGGCCUGAUGUGGACUGCUUUGAGAAGAACAGCACUGCUGUGCUCAAACCAGAGAGGGUUGCUGAAGGAACCAUGGCCUUCAUGUUUGAGUCAUCCUUCAGCAUGGCAGUCACCCAGUGGGCGCUACAAAAAUGCCAGCGCCUGGACAAGAGCUACUACACGUGCUGGGAGGGGUUGCAAACCCACUUUAACCCCAACUGGAAACCAAAGAGCAAGUAGAAUAGAGGUGGAGGUAGAUACCAUGAAGCAGUGACCACUCUAGAGAAACCCAUCCAUCCAGUUUCAAUAACUGCUAACCCUCAAUGGGCUCACUGUCAACAGGUGCCUUUACACUCAAACUAGUAUGACAAAAGCAGGGAUUUGUCCCACACACCUCUGGCUCUUAUACUGUAAAUUCACUCUGAUCAACCUGCAUUUUUGUUUUAUAAAACUGGGGUAAGGAAAGCGCAAACAUUUGGCAGGAUUUUCAGGGGGGGACCCUCCUAAAGAUGUGUUUCUAAUCGCUGAACUACACUGGUGCUUUUUGCAGCUACUGCAGAGAGCAGAUCAAGCAGCCCGGAAACCCAGCGCCAACGCGGGAAUGUUGUCAUACUGUUCAGCAGCGUACAGGGAAGAAAUGCACAAAAAAAAUACAUCCUCAUAAAGGGGCAGUAUGAGAACAUAAGUAACAUAGGCAGGGAGAGGCACUCAAGUUGGGGGAGGAACACACAUGCAAAGUAAGACUAAAGGAAUAUGUGCUGUAAAUACAUGCACACAACAUGAACUAUGAUACAUUAGCAAAAAACACACAUAGACAAGUACUAAAGGGGAUGGAUAAUACAAGAUACAAGAACACUUGAUAGUGACAUCAUUUGAGCAGAAUAAAAGGGGAAAUCAGUCUUGGCAAAGCUUCUAUGCACUGAUGAGUUAAUUACAUCUUACCAGACAUCACCUGACUGUUUCCCACUAAAAACACACACAUGCAAAUCAGACUACCUUACUAGUAAUUACAAUACCACUGUUCAGCCUUUUCCCUGUCAAAUUGUACUUUCUAUGAAAAUCUGCUUCUGGACAAGUAAAAGAGCCUUAAAAUGA